UCUCUCUGCUUGUUCGGCGGGACUGAUGGCUGGGGAGAUGACGAUCUUGGGUUCAGCUGUUUUGACUCUGCUGUUGGCUGGCUACUUGGCACAACAGUAUUUACCACUGCCUACUCCCAAAGUGAUUGGCAUUGACCUGGGUACCACCUAUUGUUCCGUUGGUGUGUUUUUUCCUGGAACCGGAAAAGUAAAGGUGAUUCCAGAUGAAAAUGGGCACGUCAGCAUCCCCAGCAUGGUGUCCUUUACUGAUGGUGACAUAUAUGUGGGAUAUGACAGCCUAGAGCUGGCGGAUGCAAAUCCUCAAAACACAAUAUAUGAUGCUAAAAGGUUCAUAGGAAAGAUUUUCACCCCAGAAGAGUUGGAAGCUGAAAUCGGCAGAUACCCAUUUAAGGUUUUACAUAGAAAUGGAAUGGCUGAGUUUUCUGUAACAAGUAAUGAAACCAUCAUCGUUUCUCCAGAAUAUGUUGGCUCUCGAUUGUUGCUAAAACUGAAAAAAAUGGCAGAGGAAUACCUCGGAAUGCCAGUUGCCAAUGCUGUCAUUUCUGUACCAGCAGAAUUUGACCUAAAACAGAGAAAUUCAACAAUUCAAGCCGCCAACCUUGCUGGCCUGAAGAUCUUAAGAGUGAUCAACGAACCAACGGCAGCAGCUAUGGCCUACGGUCUGCACAAGGUGGAUGUCUUCUAUGUAUUGGUCAUCGACCUGGGAGGAGGAACUCUUGAUGUGUCGUUACUGAAUAAACAAGGAGGGAUGUUUCUUACCCGAGCCAUGUCCGGAAACAAUAAACUUGGAGGACAAGACUUCAAUCAGAGGCUGCUUCAGUAUUUAUAUAAACAGAUCUAUCAGACAUAUGGCUUCCUCCCUUCCAGGAAAGAGGAAAUCCAUAGAUUAAGACAAGCCGUGGAAAUGGUCAAAUUAAAUCUGACGGUUCACGAUUCUGCUCAGGUAUCAGUUUUACUCAGUGUAGAGGAAGAGGACAGCCAGACACCUCAGAAUGGUGACUCUCAUCUGCCAAAAGAGCAGCUUUCCCCAGGACAUGAUCACCAUGUGAACAGAGUGCGUAGGCCGGGCCUUUCUGAAAGCAAGAGGGGGAAAAGCCAGGUGUUGUUUGAGACAGAAAUUUCACGCCAGCUCUUUGACACCCUCAAUGAAGAUCUCUUUCAGAAAAUCCUCGUGCCCAUUCAGCAGGUAUUAAAAGAAGGCCUCCUAGACAAGACUGAAAUUGAUGAGGUGGUUCUAGUCGGGGGCUCGACUCGUAUUCCGCGGAUCCGCCAAGUCAUUCAAGAGUUCUUUGGAAAAGACCCCAACACGUCUGUGGACCCUGAUUUAGCAGUGGUGACAGGAGUGGCCAUUCAGGCAGGGAUUGAUGGAGGCUCUUGGCCUCUCCAAGUCAGUGCUUUAGAAAUCCCCAAUAAACAUUUGCAGAAAACUAAUUUCAACUGAGCUCCGUGGGAGUGCUGGUAACUGAUCUUGUCUAGCGAUUUUGAUGAUCUGCUUUGUGAAGCCUCCUUCAGAAAAGAAGGACACGAAAUAGCUCACAGAUCACCCUGAGGACAUUUAGACAGGAACAUUUUAUGUAAUGUUUCAUUUCAGAAUUGAAUGUGACCAGUUGAGUCCUGUUUGUGUUUGGAGAACUGUCAUAGUGUUUUUAAAGUGACAGCGUGGAGGUUAGCCACUUCUCUGGAUUCUGGAACCAUUUGCACUCACGACUUUGGCAGUAUCUCAUACUCUCAGGAGCAUUUAUUAGGAGCUGCUGUGGGCCACGGUGCAAUUACAGAUAAAGCAACAGUUUUCAGAGUCAGUUGUGCUGCUGGCUCUGCUGGGCAGGCUUCCUCCAUCGAAGAAGUUCUGAGGUGAGAUGACAUCUGAAUUAUCAGUUGCUAUAAGCUGCGAUUGCAUCAUGGCCCACAAUAGCUCAUGAUACACGCUCCUGGCAUAGUGCCAUUUAUAAGCCCUCCAGUUUGUACGGAUUUACAUUAGUAGGGGCUGAUAAUUCAUUACUGGGUUAUCACAUGUAACUCCUAAUUUGGUCUGUACUUGAAGGACUGUUGAUGUCAGGUAUUUACAUUGGCCUGGACAUAGCAGUAUUAAUACACUGCAUAGACAGUGUUCAUCAACCACCAUAAAAAUUGUACUUUCACAUUUUCUCUGUUAUAUUCUCCUAGUCUACAGAUUUUACUAUGUUUCCUAAAAUGGCUACAGAUUGAUUCAGAUCUUUCCUGCCAGAUAAUAGAAAUUCCCAGUUCCUUUUUCUUCAAUAUGACAUUCUCUGCUUUUAUUUUCACAGUUCUGCUUGGUAAGAAAACGGGAGUUAUCUGUUGCCUUUUCAAAGUGCUCUCACAAUGAAGCUGCAUUACUCUCUAUUUUUGCUAUCCAGGAGUUUUGCACAGAUCCAAUAUUGUAGUGGUUAUUUGUAUUUGGCUGUGUUAUUUUGUUUGCUUUUUUUCCCCAUGACCAAACCUAGAAGUGCAAGAAUAUAAUCCAACUACUCUGAAAACUGAGGCGGGGGCCUUACAACAAGUUCAAGGCCUGUCUGGGCUACCCAGGAAGUUCUAGGCCAGCCUGGGCAGCUUAGGGAGACCCUGUCCCUAUCUUAAAAGAAAAGGUGAAAGAGGGAGGGAGAGAUGCAGGGAGGCAGGGACGCAGGGGAAGAGAGAAAACACAAGGCACAUGGCUACAGGGACCAAUGGAGAAAAUAUUGUAGUUUGACUUUGUGUUGGCCAUGUUACUGGAAGAUAUAUAUCAUUAUUUUGCUUUAAUGAAGGCAUAUAGGAAUUAUAUCCUGGCUGUCUUAUUAAUAUAAAGUGUAUCCUGUUUAUCAGUGUUGUAAUAACUAAAGAAGAGAAAUAAGAAAGUUUAACUAAGAUGAAGCACUUCGGCUUCCCAGGGUGUAAUGUUGAAAGGUGGUACUUCUUUACAGCUUGAUGAAGAAAAAUGUUGUGAAGUUGCUGUUAAAUAUCAGUCAUUUUUUGCACCCAAAGUGUGCAGUAGGUAGGCAGGAAAAUACAAGAUGCUGUGCUUUAUUUUAGAACUAAUAGAGAAAAUGCCAAAGACAAGCCCUUAACAGCAUUCUGAAAAUAUUCAAGGCUGAAUCUCUGAUUCUAGAUUACAAAGUAUCUGUGCGAACAUGUCUGAGACUCAAGUAUUCAAGUUAUCCUACAGUCUCCACGCAUGCUUUUCACUUUCUCUUAAGCCAUUUAGGGUUACAGAGAGCAAGCUUGGAUAUUUUAGACAUUUGGUGGAACUCAAGACAUGAGCAAGAACAAUUUGCAUAAUGGAACAGAUAAAUAAUACUAAAAUGGGAAGGCAGAUAUUGUCCGUGAAAACCUAGAAUAGUGCUGUUGGAGUUGGGGCUGAGCAGUUAGAGUCCUCUUCUCUAGUAUAGUGCAAUGUUAAAAACAGUGGAGGAAAUGACUUCAAUCCUAUGUUACAGAGUUGCGUAGACCUAAUCUUGAUGUCAGUGGAGUUUAUUCAGAAGGUACAAAUGCAUCCUAACAGGGACUAUUUUUUAAAAUCCAAGAUCAUUUUUUCAUAAAAUGAACCUUUUAGUUGUAUAUUUGGCUGCUGUUUUUUUGAAGUGUGUGACUUUAAAAAUACUGAAUAAUGAUUAAUUUAUUUUGUAUCCAUAUUUUGUUACUGUGUCCUCACUCAAGCCACUAACUUAACAGAUACCACUGUGUAUAAUAUGAACUCCAUAUGACAGUUACUGUAUAAAACAGAUUGUGCCUCUUAAAUAUGUGUGUACAGGUAAUUCACAUUUUACUGUAAACGCAUACCAUUUUGCAGUUUUGUUUGUGAACUGUUUAUUUUCCACCCAUGGCUGGGGUGGAGUAUAUUUUUGAUGUGUAUAAAUACAGAAGAUAGAACUGAUGUGAUGCGUACAGACUUUGUAGCAAGUGAUCUAAUUCCAGAAGUGUCACAUCUUCCUGCAUCCUAUACGCCUCAUGAGAUUUCUCCUAUAUUUUCCUCAUUUCUCUAAUUUAGACGAGCUAGUUCUUAUAUGAACAGUUUCUUUAGAAUUCCAAUUAACAGACCAUCACUUCUAACUAAUGGAGUCAAGUGCUGACUUGAUCCAUUUAAAAAGUCUGCAAACCACCCAACUGGAAUCUUUCACUUGGCAGUUAAUACUUCAUAAUUUUCUAAUAAAG